AUGUAUCACUGGGGACUAGUCGAUGCAGGCCAUGAGGUGAACAAUGAUGCCAUCCUCUCCUCUCGACCAGACACCUUGCUUGCCAACGGAGGAGCCUUCCUGCCAUCGCCAGCGUCGGCCGGCUACAUGCUCCCUCCCCUUGCCGCCCAGCAGGCCUUGUCACCGGCGUCGUACGGCAUGGCCGCAGCAACGUCGCCUUUCCGCCGCGCCAUGAGCACGGGAGACCUCCUCGUCAGGGACAGGGACAGGGACAGAGAGGAGGAGCAACAGGUGAUGGCGGCGCCGGCGCCGGGGAGGUACAGCGCGGAGGAGCGGCGGGAGCGCAUCGACAAGUACCGGAGCAAGCGCAACCAGCGAAACUUCCAAAAGAAGAUCACGUAUGCUUGCAGGAAGACGCUUGCCGACAGCCGGCCGAGGGUGAAGGGCCGCUUCGCUCGCAACGCCGGCGAUUGCACGGAGGCGGAUGCAGACCACCAUCGCGUCCAGCAGCAAGGCGCCGCAGCACCGCCGCCGCCUCGGUCAGAGUCAGAGUCAGAGUGGUGGCCGGCAGCGCAGCAGGACGACGAUGCCAGCAUCGACCUAGACGACGACAUGCUGGCCGCCUACCUUGGCGUCUCCUCCAUCAGCCUCUACUCCCCCUCCGGCGGCGCCGCCGCCUCUACUACUACUACUACUACGCUGCCUGCUCAUCACCAUCACUACAGCUAG